AUGACUGGGACGGUUCCAUGCUGUGGGAGUGGGCCGACGGAAGGGCAGAACAUGACUUCGGUUGGAAUCUUCAAGCGAAGGUCAUUUGGGGGACGAUUCUUCCUGGAAUCCCCUCCCACUGAAGAUGUAUUCCCUCCCAACAAGGUCAUAGACCUCCGAGUGACCCCAGAUCCCGAAAAUGGGGUCUUCGUCCUCGCCUGGACUGCUCCUGGAGGAGACUACAACAUGGGAAGAGCGGCGAGGUACGAGCUGAAGUACGCCCGAGACAGGGAGAGUCUGAAUGACGAAAAAUUCCCAUCCGCCGUUCUUCUACCCACUCCAACACCAGCUACGGCCGGCUCUAAAGAGGUCUUCCGGGUGGAUAUCGAUGCUGAUGGUCUCGCCUACAACACCCUCUACUACUUUGCUAUCAGGUCUCUGCAUGGGCAGUACAGUGAGAUCUCCAACCCGGUGGCGGGUUUCAUUAUUCGCCCUACAACCGUGGCCCCUGCCACAGUUCCCUACCCCACUAACGACCCCUGGACUACCCACAACACCCUGGGCCUCUCCAGGACCCAGUUCAUUGGGGUCGUCAUCGGUUGUGUGGGAUUCUUGAUCUUGGUCCUCGUCUUCACCAUGUUCUACUUCUUGGUCAUGUCGCGACAGAAGUCCAAGUUUCACGAAGACGACGACAGCUCCAUGGCCGGAGAAUCAGGAAUGACCCAAGAGAAAUCCGAGCCUGACCUCAUCCGACCACCGACUAUGAAGGCCAGGGGUCAUGUCACGGUCAUCAAUACCGGGGAACUGAAUGGAGGUUUCGUGGCUCCGCAAUUCGUCCCUGCCAGUCAGAUCCUCGAGGAACAUGAACGCCGCAAGAGCUCUUCGUCUUACACGAACCUCCGUUCGCAAGAGGCUAUUUACGCCAACUACAGACCAACGUCGAAGACGAAUGGUCACAUGGUACCGAAUGGACACUUACCGAACGGUUAUCACGAUCGAGUGUCGGUACAAAGUGGUCAACAGAGCGAAUCGACUGCUUCGGUGCGUUCGGAUCCCACCGGGGGUCAACCACAAGGGAUUUCCCUCGUGGGAUGUCGACGUGGGAGCUUCGACGACCAAGGACACACUGGGACAUCCAGGUCUCCUCCGGUCAUCCCUCCAAAGCCUUACACAAAAGGACUAUUUUUCACUCCAUCAUCCAGUCUCAACGAUUCCCACUCUUCCGGAGGCAGUGACAAGAAGAUCUGGACGGCGACUCAAGUUUGAGGACAAAAGCUGGACGAAGACUGGAACUGUGCCAAAUAUGUUUUUUAUCUCACAAGUCUAGUCAUGUGGGGCCGUUAUUGCCUUCCCGUGCGUGUUUCGAGUCUCUCGAGGAGAUAUUUAUUGUGUGGCCGUC